AUAAAAGAAAAAAGGAAAAGAAAAAAAACACCCUCCACUGACAGCAGGUACAUGCCUGAGACUGCAACCAGUAAGUAACCUGCAAAGGAUCCAAACAGACGAGAAACUUUUGGGGAAAUGAGUGUUUUGCUGGUGCUGUGUGUGGCGGCGCUGGCAGUGAGGGUUUCCUCUGAAGAGAAAGAGCUGCUUGAGCUUCAGGAUCCUCAACCUGAGCGCGUGGCUGAGUUCCUCAGGUGCACAAAGAGUGUAUGGCGCAUACCAGACCAAUACCUUGUGGUGUUGCGGGAAGGAGCACACAACAGUCACGUGCAGCGGACAGUGAACGCUCUGCAUGCACAGGCUGCCAGGAGUGGACACACCAUCCACGUCACGCACACUUACUCUGGAGCCUUCUGCGGAUUCCUGAUUAAAAUGAGCAGUGAAGUCCUGCCCAUGGCUCUGAAGCUGCCCCAUGUUGCGUAUAUUGAAGAGGACUCAUCCAUUUUUGCCCAGGGAAUUCCAUGGAACUUGGAGCGCAUCAUCCAGACGAAGCACGAGACUGGAAAAUACACACCACCCAAUGAUGGAGCACAAGUGACUGUCUUCCUCCUGGACACCAGUGUUCAGACGAAUCAUCGUGAAAUCGAGGGAAAAGUAAUGGUGACAGACUUCAACAGCGUGCCUGAGGAGGAUGGAGUCCGAGUUCACAGGCAGGCCAGUCAGUGUGACAGUCAUGGAACACACAUAGCCGGAGUGUUGAGUGGGCGAGACUCUGGUGUGGCACGUGGCGUUAGUGUAAACACUGUGCGGGUGCUCAACUGUCAGGGCAGAGGCACUGUGUCUGGAGCACUGGCAGGUUUGGAAUACAUCCGUGCGUCUCUGCGAGCCCAGCCUGUCAGUCCUAUGAUCAUACUACUACCAUUUGCGGCGGGGUUCAGUCGCACUCUAAAUACCGCCUGUCGAGAUAUGGUACUUUCUGGUGCAGUUCUGAUAGCUGCUGCAGGAAAUUACCAGGAUGAUGCCUGCAUGUACUCACCAGCCUCAGAACCGGAGGUGAUCACAGUAGGAGCUACCAAUGCUGCUGACCAGCCACUGAGUUUAGGAACCACAGGCACCAACCUAGGCCGCUGUGUGGAUGUGUUUGCCCCUGGUGAUGACAUCAUCAGUGCCUCCAGUGACUGCCCCACCUGCUUCACGAUUAAGAGCGGAACUUCACAGGCAGCUGCACAUGUUGCUGGUAUAGCUGCAGUGCUUCUGAAUACUUACCCCAGUGCUGGUCCUGCUGAGGUGCUGCAGUUGCUCCGCUACCAUUCAGUCCAGCAUGUGAUAAAUCCCAACUCUCUGCCUCCUGAAUAUUACCUCACUACCCCUGACAUGGUGGCUGCACUGCCUGCGUCUGCUGCUACAGGUGAGACACUUCUGUGUCGCUCUGUUUGGUCUAAGAGGUCAGGGGUCGGACAUUUUGACACAGCAGCGGCUCACUGUCGCCAUGGUGAAGAGAUGUUCAGCUGUUCCAGCUACUCACCAAAUGGAGUGCAUGCUGGAGAGAGAAUAGAGAUACGGGGAGGGCAGAAGGUGUGUGAGGCCCAUCACGGCAUCGGAGGACAGGGAGCGUAUGCCAUAGCUCGCUGCUGCACGGGCAGCAGGGUGAAGUGCCAUGCCAGUGCCAGUCUCCAUGUGGGCAUGGAUGCAGAGUGCCCUAGCCAAGCAUAUCAGCUUACAGGAUGCAGCUCUCACUACAUCAGAUCCCAAUACGUCACACACCCCUCCUGGCCUCUCGAUAACAACCGUAAAACAUGUCCUGUUGGAGAAGGUGGGACAUCACACGCGUCCUGUUGCCAUGCCCCGAAUCUGGAAUGCCGUCUGAUUGAACACCACCAAUCUGAAUUUACACAACAGGUGGAGGUGUCCUGUGAGGACUCCUGGACACUUACAGGGUGUAAUGCCGUGUCGCGUGGUUCCGUCACUCAUGGAGCAUACACACGAGGAAAUACCUGCGUGAUCCGGAUGUUUGGAGGAGAUAAAGGAGCUGCUGCUAUUGCUAUCUGCUGCAGAUAUCGGCCUCUUGUUCAGCAGAGCACCAACAAUAACCAGGACACUUAGCAAAAUAAGAGCUUAUCGUUCUGUUCACUUGGGUCAGGUUCAAAUACGAAUGCUAUACUGAUCAUGAUAUUAUUUGUCAUAUUGUUCUACUCUGUAGAUUGAACCACUAUGCAUUUCAUUCAGGCUCAGAGCAGUUCAAUAGAGAUCUUUUAAAAUAAGAGUAAUGAAUACACACACUAAGAGAAAUCCGUUCAAGGGGUCUUUGUACAGUUGAGGUUUUUGUUUUUGCUUCCAAGAGGGAUUCUACUGAAAACACACUAAUAUGUAGAACUCCACAACAGCGGGUUCACACAGUCUUUCGGCAUUCCCUGUCGGAACAGUUGAACAUUUUAUACAAUUGGGGGAAAAAUGUUUAAUCACCCAGACAUUUAUCUAAAGGUUAGGGUAAAGUACAGUUCCUAGUGGUGGCAUAUUUGGAAUUAACCAUCCCUAAUGCUCAAUUUCUCUCUCUGAAAUACAAACCACUAUAAGGGUUAAACUACUGUUAGCACUUACUUACUAAUCUUACUGCUAAUCUCCUGCUUUACUGUUCACUAUGCUGGUUUCAUUUUGAUAAAUCCUCCUAUUUCUUAACAAAA